UCCAGCUUAGCUGUGUCUGCAGUGGAACCAGAGGAUCCUCUUAACCAUGAGGCUACUGAUCCAGACCUUCACGAUCUGCCUGGCUCUCUCUCUCUGCCUGGCAGCUCCCUCGCAUCAUCAUGAAGGUGUUAAAGGUGAAAAGGUAAUUGGGGCUAGUGACCAUUCGGAUGACCAUACUAAUGACCACGCCCAUUCCGACCACGGUCCCAACCAGAAAAACCACGGCCCUGCCCACCAUGACAACGAUCAUUCUGGCAACCAACACUUUGAUCGCUGCCAGGAAUUAGUGUUUGAUGCUGCUAUUGAGAACAAGGAAGGAGUUCAGUACUUCUUUAAAGAUAAUCAUGUGUUUAAGGGGUUCCAUGGUGACGGUGAGCUUACAAAUAAGACCUUCCCUGAGUUGGAUGACCAUCUCCUGGGACAUGUAGACGCAGCAGUCCGCGUGCCAUCUGAGGACAGUCCUGACCACCAUGAGCACUUUUAUUUCUUCCUGGAUGACAAGGUUUUCAGCUAUGAAAAUCACAAGCUGGAAGAAGGAUUUCCAAAAGCCAUCUCUGAGGUAUUCCCUGGUAUUCCGGACCAUUUGGAUGCUGCAGUUGAGUGCCACAAGCCUGACUGUCCCAAUAACACUGUGGUGUUUUUCAAGGGUCAUGAAAUCUACCACUUUGACCUUGACACAAAGGAGGUCCAUGAGAAAGAAUUCAAAAGCAUGCCCAACUGCUCUGCUGCCUUCCGCUAUGCGGGACACUAUUAUUGUUUCCAUGGCCAUGAUUUCUCCAAGUUCGACCCCAAUACUGGGGAAGUUAAUGGAAAAUAUCCAAAGGAGGCCCGUGAAUACUUCAUGAGUUGUCCCCAUUAUGGUGACAAGACUGAGGAAGAACACAUCGAGAGAGAGCAGUGCAGCCAUGUGCACCUGGAUGCCGUUGCUGAGGAUGAUGAUCACGAUCUGUUUGCUUUCAGAGGCCACCACUAUCUCAGUAAAAUCGAUGACAAAUAUCAUGCCGGCACUGUUCAGAGUGGCUUUAAAGGUCUGGAAGAUGAACAUGUCGAUGCUGCCUUCGCCCACGAAAAUCACAUUCACAUAAUCCAGGAUAAAAAAGUUUAUGUCUACAAUAUAUCACACACACCUGGAGUGGCCCACACUCUCCGUGAUGGUUACCCUAAGUGUGUGAAGGAAACAGUGGGCCUUGAGGGUCAUAUAGAUGCGGCCUUUAUUUGUCCUAAGGAACACAUUCUCCAUGUCAUCCAAGGUGACAAAAUAUACGAUGUGAACUUGGAAGUCGAACCACAUACCCACACAGAAGCACGACCUAUCCCAUUUAAGCAUGUGGAUACUGCCUUCUGUGGAGCAGAUGGUGUGUCAGUAGUGAUUGAUGACGAUUUCUACCACUAUGAGAGCCCUGCUACAUUCAUUACUUCCAGGAUCCUGCCUGUGAAGAAGGACGUGGCCAAGGAGCUGCUUGGCUGUGACCAUCAUGUGUGAGGGACAGAAAGAAGAUAACACCACCUCUAAAGGAAGACCACCCACCUUCCAUCUUCUGAAUAAUGCAAAAGUUAAAAACGAAACAGGCUGUAGCCGGUGGUCUCACUUUUUCACUCUGGCCUCAAAUGUAUAUUCCUACCUCUCGUCCUUUGUUUAACUAAGCCUGACUUUGAUUCCACAAACUCCAAAUGAAGCUAGGUCUUUUUUUUGGCCAAUGUGCGGUGUGUUAUUUUAAAUAGCUGUAUCCAAACAACAAGGCUAUUAUGUCUCUGUCAGCGCUGUCUGUAAAGAUUGAGAACCACCUGUGUGCUUUGUGGCUGAUGAAUAAACUAAAG